GUGUUGUGUUAGCAAUAGUAGUGUCAAGUACAUAAUUCACAAAAUGGGGGAAGAUACGACGCAAACGUCGCAAACAGAUACUGACGAAAAAAUGUGCGAACCACCCUCGAGCAGUUGGUUCGGCAUCAACAAGAACCUAAUUAUGCUUAAAUUGACGCUAUUUUUCUUUUAUGGAGCCACAUCUUCCCUAGUGCCUUAUCUGACAAUCCACAUGCAAAACAUAGGACUGCGAAUGGAAGACAUAUCAUUAGUUUACCUAGCGUUACCCCUGACAACCUUUUUAGCACCUCCGUUAACUGGAUUUCUCGUAGACAGAUUUGGGCGUUAUAAGCCAGUUGUAAUAGUUUCCUUUCUACUGACAGCUGUUUUACACCAUGUUCUUCUUUUUAUUCCUGGACAAGAAUUACCUGGACAACAGCCUCCCGGCUACGUCAUUACCCACCCCAAGAAAAUGUAUGUGGAAGUGUGGUGGAGCCCUUGUCCUUCAAGGGAGUGUCCCGACUCAGAAGAAGUCGAUGUUGUGUUAGAUAUGUGUGUCGACCAUUGCCUUCUUAAGCAGCAAAUGGCGCAGAACCCUCAGUUGAUUGUUUUUAGUAAUGGCACUGAAAUACAUCUAGACCCCGGAGAGGAAGACAACCUGAUUUUUCAUUUGGAAAAAAAUAAAACCAAACAGAAUAACUCAAGUUUUGCUAUUACCCUCGAUAUGCAUCCAAAUCUUGGCGAGCCUAUAGAGUCAUUUGGCUUCGAGCUAGAACAAGAAGAAGAGGAUGCCGAUGUUAUGGAGCUCUCUAAAAGGUUUAGUAAUAGAAUGCUCAAGCGAUACGGUGUAGAAACUCAGGAACUGGAUAAAUUAGAUCUUCGAUGCGGCGGGAUUGUAUAUGGCGCCAACAUGGUGACCAAAAAUCGGCUCAAAGAGAUGUCCAACGACUGUAUUUUGCAAAAGUGCCAGUUUAGAAUGAACGGUCCGAACGUAUGCCCUCCAGAUUACAAAGAAACUGACAACAAGACUUUCUGGAUUUAUUUUAUUCUAAGAUUUACCGGUUCAGUAAUGCUUACAGCUGGUGUAACCAUUAUGGAUCCAAUAGCAUUGGUUUUAAUUGAAAAGUAUGGAGGAGAUUUUGGGAAAGAACGUCUUUUUUCAAGUUUGGGAAUGGCAGUAUUUUCACCAUUAAUUGGAUGGCUGAUCGACAUGACCAGUGUGAAAACAGGCCAUACAGAUUACUCCGCUGCAUUUUACGCUUUUGAUAUAUUACUCAUAAUUGCUGCAGGUGCAGCUUUUAUGAUGCCAUUAGACACGAAACUGCCAUCAGAUAACGUCUUUAAAGAUCUAAUAAAUAUCUUCAAGAUUCCCAGAGUGGUAGUUUUCGUGAUAUUCCUUUAUAUUUUAGGGAACUUAUGGGGUUUUAUUGAGAGCUAUUUGUUCUUUUAUUUAAGGGAUCUUGGUGCUCCUAACUCACUUUUAGGUGUCACUGUUACAGUAGGGACAUUAAGCAGCCUGCCUUUCUUGUAUGGAGCUGAAAGAAUUGCAAGCAAAAUAGGCCAUAUCAAUAUUAUUAUUAUGGCUUUCUUUGCGCAUGCUACCAGGUUGAUGGGAUAUUCGUUUAUUGAGAGUGCUUGGUGGUGUUUCCCCUUCGAAGCCCUAGAAGCCCUUUCAGUCCACCUCAUGUGGGUAGCUGCUGCAACUUACUGUGCUAUUCUAGCACCCUCUAAUCUGCUGGCCACCCUUAUAGGGGUAGUUGGAAUGGCUCACUAUAGUAUAGGAAGAGGCUCUGGAUCAUUCAUCGGUGGUCACAUAAUCAGCAAGUUUGGCAUUAGGGAAGCUUUCCAGAUUAUGGGCUCCGUAGCGGCGUUUUCAGGACUAGCUUAUAUUUUAAUUUAUAGAUGUUGUUUAAAGAGCGAUGAGGAAAAGUUAGAAGAUAUUGUUGAAGAGCCUGAAACCAAGCCAUUAGGCGACAAGGAGCCAAAAUAUAAAGAUGCAGAAACUAUGGUUAGCUUUGAAAGGCUUAGUUUGAUGGUGGAGUACAAUCAAAUUGGGUCGCUUACUUCUUUGGGUAGGAACCAUCUUGUCAGAGCAAGGAGUAAUAGCAUACGUAGGGGCAGCUAUUCUGGGGCAACAAAGAACCCUAGUAAAACUUCGAAGAAUGAUUUGCUUAACUCGAAUAUCGAAGUAAGCAGCAAAAGCAAUGCUAAGCUGAACAAGAGGACUGACAGCAUUGGAAAGGUUUAUUCCGAAUUUAAUUCAAGCACAAAUAAAAUGCCUAUAAGAAGUCAGAGUAUGGCGUUCCAGGAGAGGGAGCAGCUCAUUCCAAAUGAAAAGGAUGAAAUAGUUUAUGAUGAAAUUAAAAAGAAGUCACCGAUCAAUGGUGUUAAUAGCAAUGGCACUGAUUUGGAUGAAAAGGAAAACCAGAAAAAAGAUCAGCAUUAAGAGAUAAGGCACAAAGAAGUUAGUGUCAAAUGUAAAUUAUUGUAAAAUGACAAUAAAGAUAUGUUUUUAUAACAAUA